AUCUUAGUCUUAUAAAGACACCCACUACUCUCUCCAUUCCCUUCUUCAACACACAACACAACAACCAUUCCUCUCUAUUCUCUUCUCCGAUCAUGUUGAGGAAAAGACCCUCUCCAAUGAUCGGAAAAUUGUCGGAACUCUUGGUCUCCGGCCACCGUAUCAUGAACACCACCGGAAGCCCAAGAGGCCCAUUAGACACAAAGAUGCAAUCAUCAUCACCGAGAGGUUUAAAAAACUACGACCUCAGUAGCGUUGGUCUCAAGAUCGUUGCAGCUCUCGAUAGCAGCAACAAAACAUGUGAAGUUUUGCCUAAACACGCUGUUUGUACAUCGAAUUUGAAUCGAUCAAGACCGAUCCAAAUUCAAUCUGCGAAAAACGCAAACGGGUUUCAAAUGGAUUAUUCAAGUAUGGAAGAAGAUGAAGAAUACACAUAUGUCACAUGCCAUGUACCUAAUAAAACCUUCACUAAGGUUUAUUACGACGGUGAAGUUCGGAGACAACAAGGUCACAACAACAACAACAACGACGUUGGUGUUGUAAGAAGAUCCGAACCGGAACCGGAACCGGAACCAUUAUUUCCAACCUCAAAUUUUCUUAAUUCAUGUCACUUAUGCGGAAAGAAUCUACAUGGAAAAGAUAUAUACAUGUAUAGAGGUGAGAAAGGGUUUUGUAGCACAGAGUGUCGUUCGAGUCAAAUAAUGAUGGAUGAACGAAAAGAGAGGUGUGGUUCAGAGGCUGUGGAAUUGUCGAGUUCACCAUAUACAAGGGGUCAAAUAUUUUCAACUGGAAUUCUUGCGGUUUAACUAUUGAUUAAUUAGUAUCUAAAUCUGGAUUAAGAAAAUCGAUAGAUACUGUUAAGUAAAUAAUAAUAAUAAUAAUAAUAUAUAUACGGCUAUACUAUGGUUAACUGUAUGAAUAUUUAUAUGAGAAUUAAGAUAGAUAUAGCUCGAUCGUAACCAAAACGAAAAUUUUGAUGAGAAAUAAUGAGAGAGUGGAUUAUUUUGAUGUAAUGAUAUUAUGCCCAAGGAAUUAUGAAUUAUGAACUCGAAAUCUCAAUUGCUUA